GAGGCCCGCGGCUGGAGGUGCCGGAGCCGCUCGGUCCGCGCGGCUGAGCCCCGCGUGCCCCGCUGCUCGCCGGGCUGCUCCGAGCCGCGGUGCUCCGGGGCUCCAAACUCGGGCUGGCGGGGAAAGUGUCUUCAUGAACCCAGAGGAUGUCCGGGAAGCACUACAAGGGUCCUGAAGUCAGUUGUUGCAUCAAAUACUUCAUUUUUGGCUUCAAUGUCAUAUUUUGGUUUUUGGGAAUAACAUUUCUUGGAAUUGGACUGUGGGCAUGGAAUGAAAAAGGCGUCCUCUCCAACAUCUCGUCCAUCACUGACCUCGGGGGCUUUGACCCCGUCUGGCUCUUCCUCGUGGUGGGAGGAGUGAUGUUCAUUCUGGGGUUUGCAGGGUGCAUCGGAGCACUUCGGGAAAACACCUUCCUUCUCAAGUUCUUUUCUGUGUUCCUGGGGAUUAUUUUCUUCCUGGAACUCACUGCCGGGGUGUUGGCGUUUGUUUUCAAAGACUGGAUCAAAGACCAGCUCUAUUUCUUUAUUAACAACAACAUCAGGGCUUACAGAGAUGACAUUGACUUGCAGAACCUCAUAGACUUCACCCAGGAAUACUGGCAGUGCUGUGGGGCUUUUGGAGCUGAUGAUUGGAACCUAAAUAUUUACUUCAAUUGCACAGAUUCCAAUGCAAGCCGAGAGCGAUGCGGCGUGCCGUUCUCCUGCUGUACUAAAGACCCCGCGGAAGAUGUCAUCAACACUCAGUGUGGCUACGAUGCCAGGCAAAAACCAGAAGUUGACCAACAGAUUGUAAUCUACACGAAAGGCUGCGUGCCCCAGUUUGAGAAGUGGCUACAGGACAAUUUAACCAUCGUGGCUGGUAUUUUCAUAGGCAUUGCAUUGCUGCAGAUUUUUGGGAUAUGCCUGGCACAGAACUUGGUGAGUGACAUUGAAGCUGUCAGGGCUAGCUGGUAGACCUCGUGGACCCCUGCUGCAAGACACUGGACUGACCCCCUCGCUGACUCUCCUGUGCUGGCCGAUGGCGCGCUGCAGGGACCUGGGCAUGGGCCUGCCGGCCUACCUAAUGGAGCUGCCGAGAACUUACUUUCUGUGAGGGUAAAACUGGGAAAUGCUGUUCCCAGAUGGAACUUUUCAAAAGAAAAACAGAACAGUGUGAAAGUCACUGAGUGCCGUGAAUCUCUACUGUAGCCAUGAGUUGAUGGACAGAUGGAUGCCACCAGAAACGGAAACGGGGGAGGCCGGGCACUGCAUGCACUUGAAUUUGUGGAGAAUCCAGUGCUGUCCACAUCUUGGCUAAAACGGAGGCCCUUCCCCGCCAGGACCAAGUGUUCUGAAAUCUCUCAAUGCACAUUUCCAGAAACUGCUCCAACUGAUGUCUGGAGGGAAAAACAGCUGUCCCUGUGUUCAGAUUUUGAGAUGGCUGGAAUGGGUCACUUCCAGGAUGCAUAUCCUAGAGAGCCCCUUAAGAAAGGAAGCCAGGUGUUUGGGCGUAGCAAGUUAGGGUAGCAGCGAUUGUGACCCGUGUUUCCACAGGACUGAUCUUUCCUCUGAGUGGCCAGCCUGAGCUUUAUCAGUGACAUCCGAGGAGAAAACGAGGUUAAUGAGAGGCACUAAUUCAACGCCCCCCUCACCCCCCCUUACCAAACCAGUGCUUGGGUUCUCCUGAUACUCUGGAAUACUCUGGGCUGCGUUUUUGUGUUUUUGCUUCCUUUUUUAUUGGUUGUUAUUUUGGUUCUUCUUGUCUCCCAAAGGCAAAGGCUAUAAUACAGUCCUGCGUAAUGUUUUCUUAUUCAGCUUAAAUAGUGUGUGUGUGUGAUCCUCACCUGCAUGUGCUGUGACCCUGAAUCCACCAUGUUCUUUUCCAAGAGAUACUUGAGAACAUCAAUCAGCGUUUCUGUCAUAGGUCCCAGCCUUGGGUGGUUGUGGCAUGUUGUUCCAGCCAUGUCUUCUUAUGCCCCGUGGACUCACUGUCUCCCAGCAUCCAGCUGAGCUUUUGUACAGCCUUGUCUUCCACACUGAGUGAUAUAAAGCCCAGUUCCAAUGCAGGGAUGACAGAGUCAAAAAGCAUUUAACAAGGGUUUUUUUUUUUUCUUCUUCUUCUUGCAUUUUUUUUUUUUUUUUGCCAAAUAUUAAAAAAAAAAAAGAAAAACAAACCUAGCGUAGUGCAUGGCCAGAGCUGUCCUCAUGAGGUGGCCUCAGGGUAGUAACAAAGCACAAAUACUUGAGGGGCUGCACUGAGGCCCAGCCACGGUUCUGUGACAGUUGAUGGGAAGCCACCUUCAGGGCCUCCUCUGCCUUGUGCCCACUGGGAGGGUGGAUCUGGGCCCCAGAUUUUCACCCAGUUUGAGGUAGCUCCUGGGUGUCGCCGUCCUGGGGGCCAGAUUUAGACCGUGGGUUUCUGGGAAGGCUACAGCCUCUAUGGUAGCAGGUCCGCAUUCGCCCGCUAGCCUUCUGAGACGUUCAGCUCGGCUUCCCAUUUCCACAGCCUGCCUGUGCGCUGCCGUGGCUGGUGGACAGUCGGCUCAGAGGGAGGAGAGGCACUCCUUUAAAAGUCCCAUCUCAGCAGUUUGGGUGCGUGUGGCUCUUGCAUGUAUGUACCUGUGUCUGUUGUAGGUAGAGAUAGUCAUUCCAUGUGUGGAUGUGAGGUCACGUGACUUCGCCCCUGUCCAUACCGUCGUUUGUGAUGUCCUUCAACGCGGACACUUGUGCUCUCGGAUUGGCACUUCUGUCUUCUUUAUUACCUCAUUCUCCAGUGAACUGCAUCUGGCCAGUUGAUUCAGAAUCAGGCAAGAUCCCCACCCUGUGGCACACCCAGUGAAAGCCAAGCCACAAGCCCAAGUGAGUUUUAAAUUUUAAUCACCCUUUAUUUUUUACACUCGAGAGUGAUUGUAAUAAAAGCUGUCAUUAAUAAACUUGGUUCUACCUUA